AUGGCCGACUUCAAUUGUGCCAUUUGCUUAGAUCUUGCGACAGACCCCGUUGUAACGCGCUGCGGUCACCUCUUUUGCUGGGGUUGUCUCGACCAUUGGCUUAAUAAUCCUAACGGGGCACUGGAUUGCCCAGUAUGCAAGGGGUGUGUGGAUGAGCGUGUCCCUGGGGAUAUUAUACCUCUGUAUGGUAAAGGCAAACGGGUGGGUCAAGACCCACGGCCACCACCGCAAAGUGCGGAGGCCCGGGACAACGCCGCUCAUUCUGAGACUUAUGACGUGCCUAGUGUGACAGCUUAUAGUAUCAACUGUGCUGAGCACCCCGUUGCUCGGGAGCAAGUGCGUCCUCACGGAGCCUCUGCCUACAAUAGGGGCUCUACCUAUUCGCAGUCCAAUUCAAGCCAUACCAAUAGCGUUCCGCACCCCCGGCCCAAUGCACCGCGGGCCCCACCGCCACCGCGGCGCACACCACAUGUGCAUCCCUUUCAGUAUCGUCACCGGGGUGGUCUUCCGUUAGCCGUUGGGAGCUCUUUUUUCUUUCUUGGUGGAAAUUUUUGGAUGACUUUAGCUUUUGUUGCAGCUUGGGCGAUUUAUCACUUUGUGGCAUGGCGUGAAUGGCGUACUGUAGUGCGGGAUGCUUAUCAACGUUUGUCUCGGCGAAUUACCCAAAGGGCGGAUUCAAACAGCAACUCCAGGCAUGAUCAAGACAAUAAUAGUCACGCUCCCGGUCAGGGGGCAGAGGUACCACCACCAUCUAAUAGUGCGUCUUUUACGCAAGAAAGGGAGGUACAGGGACAACAGCAGCAGGUAGUUGAACUUUCUGAUACUUUGAUUCGUAAUGUAGUGCUCUGGGCUAUUUUUGUAGUAAUUUUGACGAAUUUUUUUUUUAUAUAUUUAAAUUAA